UCCAAAAGCUGCCCAAAAUCUUCGCAACGACUUCGUUAGAAGCAAUAGAAAAAAAAAUGGCGCUUCGAAGAUUCACGAAUCUCAACCGUUGAAACAAGAUCGCCGGCACACCGUCACCGUCGCCGGUAACCAUCAGAAGCGGCAACGCAACCACCUCUCCGUCUUCCUCUCGGAUCUCUCAUUAUUCCUCGAGCCUUCGGUUUUGUCUCUCUCAAGAAAUGGUUUAGGAGCGGCUAUGGAAGCAGAGCUCAAGUUGGAGAGGGAGAGAGCGAUGGGGGAUUGUAAGCGAGUUGCGGUGAUGGCGGCGGCGAAUAAUGCUGGUUGCAUGUCUAAGAGGAGGAGAAUUGCCGGUUCGCCGGAGAGGUUGCGGCCGUCGGCGUCUCUGUCUGACCUCGGCGACCGUCGUUUGUGGUUGGAGAAUGCGCGGUCGUCUCUGUCGCGUUUGGAGAGUAAUAAUUCCCUUGGUGUUGUCGCCGGAGAUGUGAUGUGUGCUCCGGUGUCUUGUAGCUCCUGUAACGACGGCGGGAAGGCCACCGCGAAGGACGCCUUGAAAUUCGAAGAUCUGGAGCAGACCAAGAGCUUCGAAACCGUAGAAUCGACUCGCGUUAACGGCAUUCAAAGAGAGAGCACUCCGACGAGCGAACUCCACGGAGAAUCCGACGAAAUGGACUCUCCGGCGGCGAACUUCUUGACUGAAAAACAGAAGCCAACUGAUCGUCCGAUGAAGACGCCGCCGAUAUCCGAGAUUGAAGAUUUCUUCGCCGAGGCCGAGAAGUACGAGCAGAAGCGUUUCUCAGAGAAGUACAACUUCGAUAUAGUGAAGGAUGUGCCAUUGGAAGGCCGAUACCAGUGGAUUCGUCUGAAGCCAUGAAAACCAGCUAACCUCAAGCUAAAAACUCACGCCAGGAUCUGGAUUCUCGGAUUUCUUCACAUAAUCUUAAUUUCCAUAGACUUUGACCUCUUUCCUUUUGAAGGACUCUGUUAGUUUCUUCUUGUACAGCUUUCAACUCCAUAAAAGAAGCUCCUGCAACUAAACAUCUCAGUAUACAAACACCCAUAGAAACCGCCGCCAUUCCGCCGCCGCCGGCAACCACCGCCGUCCAUCUUUAUCAUUUUCUUCAAGGAACUCAAAGCUGUUGUGUCUUUUCAUCCAUAAUUGAGCACAGAUUUCUGUAAUUCUCACUUAAAUUCACGACAAAUGUUGCCCAUAUUGUUAAUCACAGUUCGUUGUUUUGUCACUUUUUGAGCUUGCGUUCUGUAUAAGAAAAGUCCGUUUUGUUUGAAUGCU